AUGGCUUUUUCCUGUCCUAUUGGCAGCGAUGAUCGAUUUGGCCCCCGAGUUACGGGUCAGUGUCGAUCAUUCGACUUUACAUUGCUUUUUGAGGAUGUUUUUUUCGCCCUGUUGCCAGCGGCAGUUUUCCUGGUGUCUGCAUUUCUGAGGCUUCCUCUUCUUCUUCGAGCCCCCGUAAAAGUCACCUCCCAUCACCUGGCGACUGCAAAGCUUAUUGCCCUCGCGUGCUUGUUUUCCUUUCACGUCUCGUUUCUGGCUUUCCAACUCCAGGCUCCAAUUCUACAUACCAAAGUUGCACUCGCCGCCAGCUUGCUACAGUUGUUCGCCAUUGUUGCUUCUCUAUUGCUGUCAUGGUUGGAGGAUCAGCGCUCAGUCCGACCAUCAGAUCUAAUGGUCAUAUACUUCUUCCUGUCCAGCAUACUCGCUGCCCCCAGAAUGAGAUCUCUGUGGAUUCUCACGCCUGAUGUUUAUACCCAGGCUUCCUUGUGGACACUGGUUACGGUUGGCACGGUCGUGGUAUUGUGUCUGGAGUCCAUUCACAAAACCCAAGUCAUACGCCUUGCCUAUCGCGAACCCAGCAAAGAAAGUACUUCGAGCUUCUGGGUUCGGAGUUUCUUCAUCUGGGUUUUACCUUUGUUUCGGAGCGGGUUCUCAACUAUCAUUUCGUUGAAAGAUAUGCCUGAGGUGGAUACUGCCCUUCAGGGUAUCCCCGCCGAGAAGAAAUUACAUGCCGCAUGGAAAAAGGGAAAUUACAGUGGUAGAAAUCGCCUUCUACGGGCAACAUUUCGCGCCUAUCUCGGGCCAUUCGUCAGCGCGAUAAUCCCUCAAAUUUGUCUCACAGGGUUCAAAUUCUGCCAGCCGUUCCUAAUUUCCGCGACAAUCGACUUCAUAAGUCAGCCUUCAACCCAGGAGAAUCGGAUCCAUGGCCCUGCACUGGUUGGGGCAUACGUUAUAACCUAUAUGGGAAUGGCGAUAUCGACGGCUGCUUACUGGCGCCAAACACUUCGUAUGGUCACAAUGAUUCGAGGAGGCCUCAUAUCUCUUGUUUACCGACAGACAACCAAGCUUCAAGCUAGAGACUUCAAGGACAAGUCUUCUAUCACGCUGAUAUCGACUGAUGUGGAGCGCAUCAGCUACAGAAUCCGUGGAAUUCAUGAAGCUUGGAUGGCCCCCAUUCAGGUGGCAAUCGCAAUCUUCCUUUUGGAGCGACAGCUUGGUGUGGCCUGUUUGAUACCGACAGUCAUUUCGUCUCUCGCGAUACUGGCAACAUUCCCUCUAUCCAAAACGUCAUGCGGUGCACAGCUGAGGUGGAUUGAGCGUGUUCAAGCACGUCUCACUGUAGUAUCCAGCAUGCUGCAUGACAUGAAGGCUGUCAAAAUGCUAGGCAUAAGUGAUAAGCUGUUUGACAGUGUUUCAGGCUUGCGAAGAGAAGAGCUGAAAGCCUCAGAGCGCUUCAGAGUCCUCAUUCUCUGGCAAAUUGCAAUCUCGAAUUUGCCUCUCACACUGGCUCCAUAUGCAACAUUCGUGAUAUUUUCCUUGAUAGCGGUGACUACUGGCGGCGACUCACUUUUUUCAAAUCGGACAUUCACUUCUCUAUCCCUUAUUUCUCUGAUGACCUACCCGCUUCUCGUAUUUGUCCAGGCUCUCCCGGGAUUAUGGCAGUCGGUCGGGUGUUUUGAUCGCAUUGAGAAAUACUGCGCCCAGGUACCGCUAGACGAAGACUCGGAGUUUCUCCUGGGGGCUGAUGGUAUUGAGCUGCAAUCGAACGCUGUUUCCUCUACACCCUCAGCUGGAACGGUGCUUGAACUUCGUGGCGCCAGCUUUUCCUGGUCAGAGGACUCCGAGCCAGUCCUUCGAGAUUUAAAUAUUUCUUUGAGAAAAGGCAUGAUUACAGCAAUUAUAGGGUCCGUUGGAAGUGGCAAAAGCACAUUCCUUGAAAGCAUCCUGGGGGAGACAGUUCUGCAGAAAGGCUCCAUUUCCCCAUUCAACUCCACAGUCGCAUACUGCCCCCAAACGCCAUGGAUCAUGAACGACACUAUUCGUUCGAAUAUCACUGGCCCGGCAUCAUACGAUGAAAAGUGGUACAACUUUGUGAUCUGGGCUUGUUCGCUGAAGACAGAUUUGCAAAGUAUCUCUGGUGGUGAUCUUUCCAUUGCCGGAACCUCUGGUAUCACGCUCAGCGGAGGCCAGAAACAGCGCAUUUCUCUUGCCCGCGCUGUUUACUCGCGAGCAGUGGUCCUGGUUCUCGACGAUGUAUUCAGCGGGCUCGACACUAGAUCGGUAGCUGCGAUUUCGUCACGGCUGCUGGCAGCAGAUGGCCAUUUCAGAAAGGCAGGCAGGACCGUUGUUCUUGCAACUCAUAACAAUCGCCUUCUCCCGUUUACAGACGAGAUCUUGGUACUAGACAACGGCCGACUGUCAAGGUCUGGGACAUACGAGCAGUUGCGCGCCAUCAUACCAGAAGAUAGCCGAAGCCAAAGCACCGAAGAAUCUGGAACACAGAGGUUCCCCACCGACAAGCCUACCGAGAUGACCAGCGUCUCUGAGAUGCUCCAGGCGGUUCCCGAAAAUGACACUGGUGCUAAUAUGGCUCGCCGAGACGGGAGUUGGUCCGUAUAUGUGUUCUACUUCCAGUCGGCUGGCUGGAUAGUCGUAUUUACUGUCGGAUUAUGUGUUGCACUAUAUGGUUUCUCUGAGACAUUCUCUACUGUGUGGCUUCAGCAGUGGUCGAAUGCCAAUGAUAGUCAUCCAAAUCAGAAGAUCGGGUUUUAUAUCGGAAUCUAUUCAGUCAUAUUCGUGUUAUCACUCACUACACUCAUGAUUGGAGCUUGGGCCUUGUUUGUGAAAGCGAUCAACAAUACCGGACUUUCCAUGCAUUCCCACUUGUUAAGAACUACAUUAAGAGCACCAUUCAGCUUUUUCCAGAAAGUCGACGCCGGAUUGACAACAAAUAGAUUUAGCCAAGACCUAGAGCUCAUCGAUCUGGAUCUUCCAAAUGAAUCCAUAAAUUCGAGCGUCGCCCUGGCAAACUGUGUCGUGGAGCUUGUCAUUCUUUGCGUGAUGGGUAAAUAUCUCACCGUAACCGUUCCAAUAUUGGCAGUCAUUCUCUUUUUCGUGCAGGGAUACUACCUCAGAACCUCCCGACAAGUGCGGCUGCUGGAUAUCGAGGCCAAGGCACCUCUUCUCACUCACCUCGUCGAGACAAUGCAGGGAAUAUCCGUUAUUCGAGCUAUGCGAUGGCAGGAACCCUUCAAGGGCCGUCUCGAUAAGCUUCUCAAUCAGUCGCAGCAGCCAUUUUAUAUGCUAUUUUGCAUUCAGCAAUGGCUUCAACUGGUGCUUGACUGUAUCGUCAUGGCUCUAGCCGUCAUCCUUGUCACCUUGGUCGUCUCAUUGAAAGACAAGUUCAGUCCCGGUGCGAUUGGUGUCGCACUGAAUCUAAUCUUAAGCUUUAAUCUGGACUUGAUGCACCUUAUUCAAUCAUGGACGAAGUUAGAAACAUCAAUCGGGGCCGUCUCACGUAUACAGGACUUCAUGGAGAACACACCGUCGGAGGACCAGGAUCAACGCCGUAUAGAGCCGGUGCCGCCCAAUUGGCCUAUCAUUGGAAAUGUCUCUUUCCGAGGAAUCACGGCUUCAUACAACUCUGAAUCUCCACCGGUCCUUCAGGACCUGUCCUUAGCCGUCCGGUCAGGGGAGAAAAUCGCUGUUUGUGGCCCUUCUGGAAGCGGCAAAACAUCUUUAAUUCUUGGAUUGUUACAAAUGAUCGAAUUAAAGCAAGGCAACAUAGAGAUCGACGGUAUAGAUUUAUCUACACUCCCCUGUGGUGCUGUGCGAUCUCGAAUCAACGUCGUUCCUCAAGAGCCAUUCUUCAUACCAGGAACGCUUCGGUUCAACCUUGACCGCGGCUUUGAAGAUAGUCCCAUAUCUGAUGCAAGCCUCAUCCGAUCACUAGAAGCCGUUGGGUUGUGGAAGAAGGUCUGUGGCGACACACCCGGGGGAGGAGAACUGGAUCAGCAGUUAUCCGUAUCGGAUUGGUCAGAAGGGGAGCGACAACUGCUAGCACUUGCGCGAGCAAUGGUCAUGAAGAGUCCGAUUUUGGUUCUUGACGAGGCGACCAGCAGUGUCGACUGGGAGACUGAAGCCACCAUGCAGAGCAUAAUCGAACGGGAAUUUGCUUCCCAGACAGUGAUUUCGGUUAUUCAUCGUCUUCGAUAUAUUGAAAACUUCGAUCGUGUUGCUUUGAUGAGACAUGGACGGCUUGUGGAGUUUGAUAGCCCGAAGGUAUUGCUAGAAGGCCCGUCGGAGUUCCAAGCCUUCUAUCGUGCGAAGCAUGACGAAUAG